AUGGCGGCCCGGCUCGGCCCCACGCACGAGCCCGACACUCGCCCCGGCCCAGGCCGGAACGCGCCUGUGGGAAACGGACCGUGUCGUGACGUCACUUCCGCCGAGCCGUCCGCGCUCCAGGCCGCCGGGAAGAAAAGAGGAAAACGGAGCGACAGCCACGACGGAGGACGCGAGCGUCUCCUCUCUGCGCAUGCGCCCGCGCGGCGGCCUGCUUCUAUUUAUGUGGGGGAUCCAACAUGGCGGCUGCGGCGACCCUGGCGAUGGCGGCGGAGCCCCUCAGAACGUAGUAGCGGGGCAGGGGGCACGGUCCGCACUCACGGUGGCGUCGGCGGCGACGGCGCAGGGCGGUGGAGGGACGAGAAGCGACGGGGAGCGCAAGCAAGGGCGGGCGGGCGGGCGGCGCGGCGUGGAGGCGAGCGCCGGCUCGCGCGAGCGCAGAGGGCCCGAGCGGUGGGGAUGGCGGAGCCGCGCAGGGUAGCGUUCGUCAGCCUGUCACCGGCGAGGCGGCGCGAGGCCGAGUUCCCGGGGCCCGAGCGCGAGCCCGACUGCCCCCGCGAGGCGCCGCGGCCGGAGCCGGGCCCCCGCGCGGACGCGCAGCCGCCCAUGGCGCUGCCGCAGCGCGAGCCCCCGCGGCCCGAGCCGCCGCCGCCGCCGCCGCCGCGGGAGACGGUGCGCCUGGAGCUGGCGCUCAAGGACCCCACGGACGAGAGCUGCGUGGAGUUCAGUUACCCGGAGCUGCUGCUGUGCGGGGAGCAACGGAAGAAGCUCAUUCAUACAGAAGAUCCAUUUAAUGAUGAACAUCAAGAGAGGCAAGAAGUGGAAAUGUUGGCUAAGAAGUUUGAAAUGAAAUAUGGUGGGAAACCCCGUAAGCACCGGAAGGAUCGGCUACAAGAUUUAAUUGAUAUAGGCUUUGGCUAUGAUGAGACAGAUCCAUUUAUUGAUAACUCAGAGGCUUAUGAUGAAUUAGUUCCUGCUUCUCUAACAACAAAAUAUGGAGGUUUCUAUAUCAAUACUGGCACUCUGCAGUUUCGCCAGGCUUCAGACACUGAAGAAGAAGAAGUUACAGACAACCAAAAGCACAAGCCACCCAAAUGUGAUCCAGGGACUGACUUGUACCAGAAAUUUGUUAAGAAUGCAAAUUGGGUGGCCCUACCCCAGACAACUGAAUCAAAACCAGAGGUUCCCAAAAUGAAAGAAGAUGAUAUUGAGAUGAAGAAGCGCAAGCGGAAAGAGGAAGGGGAAAAGGAGAAGAAGCCAAGGAAAAAAGUACCCAAGCAACUGGGAGUUGUAGCUCUGAAUUCACACAAGUCAGAGAAGAAGAAGAAACGUUACAAAGAUUCUCUUUCUCUUGCUGCCAUGAUACGAAAAUUCCAGAAAGAGAAGGAUGCAUUAAAGAAGGAGUCUGCCCCCAAAGUCCCAGUGCCCUUAGCGCCCGCCUCUGUGCACAAAGCGCCCUGUGCCUCUGCAGCACUGGGGAGUGACGUCCAGGACAUCCAUCUGAGCAGCGCUGACCCAGACCUGCCUAUUUUUGUUAGCACAAAUGAACACGAGCUCUUUCAGGAAGCUGAACAUGCCCUAGAGAUGCUGGAUGGUUUCGACUUUGACAGAUUACUGGAUGCUGCUGCUGAUGGGAGCCCCCUGUCAGAGUCUGGGGGAGAGAACGGAAACACUGCCCAGCCAACCUACGCCUCUCAGGUGAUGCCCAAGGCGGCCCCUACGCUCCCAGAGGGCCUGCCUGUACUUCUUGAAAAGCGCAUUGAAGACCUCCGUGUAGCUGCCAAACUUUUUGAUGAAGAAGGAAGGAAAAAAUUCUUUACACAAGAUAUGAAUAAUAUUCUUCUAGACAUUGAGUUACAGCUACAAGAACUAGGCCCUGUUACCCGUAGUGGUGUCUACUCCCACCUGGAAGCUUUUGUGCCAUGCAAUAAAGAAACACUGGUAAAGCGUCUAAAGAAAUUACAUCUCAAUGUCCAGGAUGAUCGUUUAAGAGAACCUCUGCAGAAACUGAAGCUGGCUGUUAGCAAUGUCAUGCCGGAACAACUAUUUAAAUACCAGGAGGACUGCCAGGCUCGCAGCCAGGCCAAGUGCGCCAAGUUGCAGACAGAUGAAGAACGAGAGAAAAAUGGAUCCGAGGAAGAUGAUGAUGAGAAACCAGGGAAACGUGUCAUAGGACCAAGAAAGAAAUUCCAUUGGGAUGACACCAUUAGAACUUUGUUAUGUAACCUUGUUGAGAUCAAAUUGGGAUGCUAUGAGUUAGAGCCAAAUAAAAGCCAGUCUGCUGAGGACUAUCUUAAAUCCUUCAUGGAGACAGAGGUGAAGCCCCUGUGGCCCAAGGGCUGGAUGCAGGCGAGAAUGCUUUUUAAGGAAAGUCGGAGUGUGCAUAAUCAUCUCACUUCUGCUCCGGCAAAGAAAAAGGUGAUUCCUGCACCUAAACCCAAAGUAAAGGAGUGUAGUCCGAAAAAGGACCAGAAAGCUCCUGCAGCCCCGGUGGCUUCAGCUGGGGGUCCUUUGGCAAGCUCCAGCACCCCGGCCACUGCACCCGUCGGCUCCAGCUCCACACCAGCCCAGGAGACCAUCUGCCUCGACGACUCACUGGACGAAGACCUUUCUUUCCACUCACCGUCACUGGAUCUUGUUUCUGAAGCUUUAGCUGUUAUCAAUAACGGGAACAAGGGCCCUUCUGUUGCCUCAAGGGUAAGCCUACCAACUACAAAACCUCGUCCAGGACUAAGAGAAGAGAAGUUAGCAAGCAUCAUGAGUAAGCUGCCACUUGCAGCUCCCAAAAAGCUGGAUUCCUCUCCGACUGCACAUUCGUCCAGUCUCAUAGCCGGUCACACAGGGCCAGUACCAAAGAAACCCCAGGACUUGGCUCACACUGGCAUCUCUUCAGGCCUUAUUGCUGGCUCUUCGAUUCAGAACCCUAAAGUUUCCUUGGAACCUUUGCCAGCCAGGCUACUUCAGCAAGGACUGCAGCGGUCAGGCCAGAUUCAUGCUUCCUCCUCGUCGCAGACUCUCGUCUCCUCUUCUUCCCAAGCCCCAGCUGCUGCCUCCUCUCACGCUCUGGGAACGUCAGAGGCCCAGGAUGCUUCUUCGGUAACGCAGGCCACAAAGGUGCAGCAGCACUCAGCUGUCCCGCAGAACUACGUGUCUCCACUGCAAGCAACCAUUAGUAAAUCGCAGACCAACCCCGUGGUGAAGCUGAGCAGUAACCCCCAGCCUUCCUGUGCAGCGCCGCUCGUGAAGACUUCAGAGAAGCCACUUGUGUACCGCCUUCCUCUGUCUGCCCCUUCUCCUGGAAGUGGCUCUCAGGGGCCCCACCCCCUGGGUUCCAGGACAGCACCUAGCACCACUACCUCCAGUAACUAUUUAGCCAAGGCAAUGGUGUCACAAAUCUCCACGCAGGGUUUCAAAUCUCCCUUCUCAAUGGCUGUGUCCCCAAAACUUGCGGCAUCUCCCAAACCUGCCACAUCUCCUAAACCCUUGCCCUCACCUAAGCCUUCUGCUUCGCCUAAGCCCUCUCUGUCAGCUAAGCCUUCAGUAUCAACUAAACUUAUUUCUAAAUCCAGCCCAGCUCCCAAGCCUACUGUGUCCCCGACUUGUUCGAGUCCAAAUGCACUAGUAGCCCAGAGCAGCCACUCCACCAGUAACAACCCUGCUCAUAAACAGCCCGGGGGGGUGAACGUCAGCAGACAGUCCCCCACCUUGAAUCUGUUGCCCUCUAACCGCACUGCAGGCCUUCCGUCUACAAAAAAUCUCCAAGCCCCUUCAAAGAUAAACUCGUCGUCCACUGGGCCUGUUGCGAAGAAUAGCUUGAGUGGAAUUGCGCUGAAUGUGCCUGCCAGCAGAGGUAGCAACCAUAACUCGAGCGGAGUGAACAGGACUAGCCUGUCUGGGGGGACAGGAAGUGGAACACAGGGAGCUACUAAACCGUUGUCUACUCCACACAGACCAUCGUCUGCCUCAGGGUCUCCAGUGGUGGCAGCCAGUGUGCAGUCCACAGCAGGAGCGCCAUUGUUGGCUAAUGCCUCACCCCUGACUCUCAUGACGUCACCUUUGUCUGUAACCAAUCAGAAUGUGAGUCCUUUUGGGAUGCUGGGUGGCCUUGUUCCCGUCACCAUGCCCUUCCAGUUUCCCUUGGAGCUACUUGGCUUUGGAACGGACACAGCUGGAGUGACAACCACCUCGGGAUCUACCUCAGCCGCUUUCCACCAUAGCCUAACUCAGAAUUUACUAAAGGGUUUACAGCCAGGAGCUCAGCAUGCAGCACCACUUUCCCACUCACCUCUGCCUACACACUUACAGCAAACACUUCAUGAUGGAGGCCAAAGUAAAGGGGACACUAAAUUACCACGGAAAUCUCAGUGACUUCCCAGCAAGCAAAGGAGACGAAACAUGUAGUUGGCUGAUGGAAUCUACCUGAUGGGAAAGUGCUUUUGUGGUCAUAGGGCUGCUGUUUUCUGUCGAUGUUUACACUCUCGUCCCAAGCACUGUGGUGAGGAAGAAAAAGAAAAGAAAACAUUACUUGAGCAAAGCCAGGUGCAGGAGGAAGAAAUGCUUUUGUGCGAAGUUAGUGACCUUCCGUCUCUUGUAAAGACAGACAGUUACCAUAUUACUGACUUGAAAGAGGCUCAGUUGUCAAACCCACAGAAGUACAAAUUUGAUUUUCCCCUGGGGGGAGGAAGAAGGAGGUUGAGAGGAUUUGGGUAAACUCCAUCCAUCUUGGGGGUUGGCUCUGAAUAAUCAAUCAGACAUAACUGCAUCAUUAAAGGCAAUAUAUCUGGAAUUAGGCCAGUUCAUCAGGCGUAAUGAUCAUGUCGGCUUAAGUGGAUUAUGUAGCAGAUUUGCCACCAAAAAAAGAAGAAUCAUUGGCCCUAUGUGUGAAACAGACAGUAGAUGAGCAAUAGUGUGCCCUCAGAAGUCCUGAGCCGACUGGAGUCUUCUCCAGUGUGUGGCCGCUCCCUGCGUGCGUCAUGUGCUAAAGGUGCUUCUGGAAUGUUAUUUCAGCACAGCGAUCUUUAAAAAGUCAGGACAUUGAGCUGUUCUCUUAACAGAAGAAACCUAGGUGUCCCCUUUUUGUGAAAGGGUCAGCUUCAUCUUCGUCUAAAAGCAGGUACUUCACUCUUCCCUUCAGGUGAUUUGUACAUCUGGUAUUGACUGGUUAAUUAUUAUUUCCAUUUUGGAUGCUAACAUGUGACUGCUCACAUUUUUCUCUUGAGAAAUGGGAAUUUUUGGUAUAGGGCUAAUGCUUUUUUACUUAUAGCCCUUGCAAGGUUACCAACAUGAACUGUAAAUUUCCCCCAAAUUCACCUCACUCCAUGACUUUUUUUUUUUUUUUUUAGCUAGUGGAACUUCAGGCAGUUAUUAACUAUUGAUAGAAACAGCUAAAAGUAUGUAAUACAUACUUGUAUGCUGCUUUGUUGGUCAUUCAAAUGGCAUAUAUAGGUUUUUUUUUUUUUUUAAUUUUAAGAUGGUAUUUUAAAGGGAGGAAUGAAUUAUGUUAGUAUCAUUAUGUAUACAAGGGGUUAUAUUAUAACAAUCAUAAUGUAUUUUUACUCCCUGUAUCCAUCGCAGUGAAAUUGUUUGUAGCAUUCAGGAUCUUAAAGCUUUAUUAGUAUUUACUCAGAAUAUUGGUACACAAGUAAACCUGCAGAUGUGCUACCUUAGUUAUAGCCUCCUUAUGCAAAGAGCAAAGACAACAAGGAUGCUAAGGGAAAAAGAGUUCUCUUUAGAUACACUUUAUAUGAUUUUCCCCCUCAUCAUCAUUCUAGUGUCUCUUUCAAACUAAUGAAUAUUUUCUAACUAUACACAAGAAUGGUGUAAGCUCUAAAUGAUGUAAUCUUGUCCAUUUAUAAUGAUAGACUAACUCAAAAAACAGCCUUAGACUGGUAAUAGCAAGCAUUCUAGCGUUUUUCAUUAUACAUUACCCUACACCAGCAAAGGGGAACUUUUUCUGCCAAGGGCCACGUGGAUAUUUAUAUCAUUCAUUGAGCAUUCAGAAUUAUCAACUUAAAAGUUAGCCAGCUAUAAAUGGACUCAGUUUCGACUCUGCCUGUUGUACCUUGGCAGGGCCAGGCCGAAUGAUUUUUGCGGGCCUUAUACGGCCCAUGGGCUGGGUAUUCCCCACACCUGCCCUUCACUGUUCAGCUUAUUCAGACAGAGAGUAUUACCCAGGCCCUUUUCCCUUUAAUAAAUAAAAGUCUCAGCCUAUAGGACUGUGGAUAAGUAGCUUCAGAUCUGUCCAGAUCUUUAUGCCUGUAUUUUGACUUCCAAGUCACAUUUGGCUUUCUUCAUAGCCCAAAAAAAAAGGGCUAAUAAAUAAGUGAAAACUUCAGUUCCAGGAAUUUGUUGCAGUUGGGGGAAGGAUUAUUUCCUGACUAAGGACUCAGUGUCCCAGCACCACAGGCCAGGGUGCGGGAUAAACCCCAGCAGAAUUACAGGACAGUGCUGGGUGUAUUGAGGCUUGGCUUGAAUUCAGUGUUUCUGAUUAGGUUUUAACUCUGGAAGUGUACUCAGUUCUUGGUUUAUUGUGAUUCAGUAGGCUUCUUGCUUUCCUCUUUGCAAAUACUGCCUGGGAAGUGACGGGCGCUUUCCUUCCGAAAAGUAACCUUGGUUUCCAUCUCUUCCCGUCUAACUGCACACACACUCACCUGUGUAUAUGAAGGUGUGUGUGCACACACUAAUAUAGACACAUUGGUAGUAUUAAAAUCAAGGAAUAAUCACUUUAGUUUCUUAAACCCAUCACUUUUUUAAAAGAUUUAUUUAUUUGAAAGGCAGAGUUACAGAGAUCUUCCAUCUGCUGAUUGACUCCCCAAAUGGCCACGAUGGUCAGAGCGGGGCCAGACAGAAGCCAAGAGCUUCUUCCCAGCCUCUCCUGUGGGUGCAGAGGCUCAAGGACUUGGGCCCUCCUCCGCUGCUUUCCCAGAUGCAUUAGCAGGGAGCUGGAUUGGAAGUGGAGCAGCCGGGACUCAAACUGGCAGCUGUUGAGCUGCGAGCUCAACCCACUGUGCCACAGUGGUGACCCCGGGACCCCUCAGUUCUGGAUCAUGCCAUAGGAAGACCCCUGAUGACUGUCAUCACUAGAAGAAGAAUGGGCUUAUCCGUUCUUCUCCCCCAUCACUUUGUGCGAACUAACCAGGACAGAAAACCAAAGGCCCUGGAGCUGAGGACGUCCUAUGGGGAGCACCCUUAGUUUUCUUCAGUCUUGAUCCCUUGAAGACUGCUGUCGGGUUGCGCUUGAGCAGCCUCCCCUGAUGUUCACGGACCAUCUUGCAUCCACUUCAGUCAAGACAUCCUUUUGUGUUGUAUAAAGCGGGCAGACCCUCCUGUCUAUAGAUAGAAUAUGAUCAGAGUUUCUACAUGUAAAUACAAGCCUAUUUCUUUCUAGAUCAUAACAUUGAAAAUGGUGUCCAUCCUUUAUGGUCACCUAUCUUUACGGUUUUUAUUACUAAAAACAUAAAUUGGUUAUUUUUUAGCACAGAGACUUGUGACUCAUACUGUAUUUUUGCACUUAAAAUCAAAUUGUUAUUUUUUAAAAUGGUGAAUAAUUGGAAAGGAUAUCUAUAGAUCAAUGUGUAUUUCUAAAGAGCAUUAGCAACAUCCAAAUGCAAGAAUUAUCAGCACACUUAGUUAUAUCCCUCUCAGCGGGACUCUUGAUUCAGGAAAAUUAAGCUGUUUGUUUCCGACUGUCUUCUGUUUUCAGUUGCCUUCAUGACAUAUAAGCUGUUCCUGUGUGUACAGUUAAUCCUCAGUGUUCACAAGCAAUAAUGGCCACAGCAUUGGCCUCAGAGGUAGCAGUGCUGGGCCUUGUUGGAGACUGUUUGGGAGCAAAGUGUCAAGCUCAUUCAGAGCCUCCUAAAUAAAUGCAAGCAAUAAUUGCCAUAAGUCAGUUAUAAUUGUUUUUCAUGUGCUUCUGAGAUCAGAGGGUAAAAGAAAUCAUGACUUUAAGAGCCUGAAGGAAGAGGUUUUGGAAAAGACAUGAGAUUAACUCGUAGUCACAGAUCCUGGUGGUGCUGAGGAAAUCAGAGGAUCGUGCUAGCACAUUCUUUUGUGCCCACCACCCCUUUGAUGGAUGUAGUAAGCCCAAAUUAUAUAUAUAUAUAAUUGACAUUGAGUACAGUUUAUUGCAUCGCCAAGGUAAGGGGAAGAACCAGGCACAUAACAUAUUUAAAUACUGUGGGUUUGACACCUGUUGGAAAACAACUUAUUGGAACUGAUUUUUAACCCAGGAUAUUUUUUUCCCAAAGCAGAUCUAAAUUGUUUACUGCCCAGGGAUGGGAAGGGCAGGCGCCUUGAGUCUUUCUGCCCUGGUUGCCCUGUCCCACAGCCCUUUCCACCCCUGGUUGGCUCACAAGACGUUUUCUGAAAUGAAAUUCUACUGUUGUUCAAACUGCCACCCAUGCCGAGAGCUCGGUGUCCCUGGGAUCGUCUCUAGAACGCCGGUUCCCAUCGCGUUUGCUGCUACGUUGUCAAAUGAACUUUAAUUGACAGCUCUUCAUUUCCAGGAGACUUCAGCAAACAGUCUGACCCAUGUCUAGCUGAGGAUCCCUUAUUUUAGGCGUGUACCAUGGAAGUGCACUGGUCCCUGUGUUGUUUCUGUCAUUUAAGUUUUGAAGUCUUGUUUGCUUUUUGUUUGCUUGUUGGGUUUGGUUUGGUUUGGUUUGGUGUUGAAGUUGGAACCAGAAGCAUGGGAAGGGGCAGUGAGCAGGCGGAGUUGAGAACGGUCAUUGUGUCUCAGCUCCGUGGCUUCUGCUGGCCUGACGCUCCCAGACGGGCACUCUCACUCUCUGCUGAGCAUGCAGGGUUGUGCGUUUGGUUUGGUUUGGUUUGGUUUGGUUUGGUUUGGCUUUGCUUUUUGCUGGGGGAGGGCUUUGAUUUUUAUAAUAAUGAUGCAGGAGAAAAGUGCAGUAGUAGAUAAUGCUGAUCACAAACAUGGUAUGCAAUUUUAUUUUACAGAGUUUAAGGGGAAAAGUUGAACUCUUUGUGAAUUGUCUCUUAGCUCUGGUAAAUGCAUAUAUCGCUUCUCUAAAACAUGCUCAGUUCAGGCCUUUGUCUUUAUUAAGUGCCUUUUUUUCUUUCUUUUUUCCGCUCUUUAAAAGCUGUUCUCAGAUAUCCUAAAGUACAGACUAAUUAGUCCGGGGAUUCAGGAAGAAGAAUCUCAGACUUGCCAACGUCCUGUCGUGCUGUGCUGUUCUUCUUUCUUACUGUGUACAGGGACGUGUGUAAGAUCCAUCCACAUAAACUAGUAGCUGCAGUACCAUUGUGUGCUCUCUAAGAACUCCCCUGACAGCCUUUGUUCCUUGUCCCUUUGGCCUUGUUUGUUCCAUUGCUUUGCGCUGGUUAAAAUGUGUGGGUUGGGGGAUUUUCUUUCCACAGAAGCUGUCUUCCCCCUUUGAAUAUAUAUCUGUUUGUAGCAGUUAACAAAAAGAUGUGUGUGUGUGCACAUGUGUGUGAGGGUGUGUGUAUGUAUCGGUUAUACGAUGUAUGUGUACAUACGUAGAUGUGUUGUUUAUUCCAAGUCAGAUAACCUUAGUGGACGCUUAGCUGUUCCUGGGUGUGGCCCACUGCCCGUGCCCUGCAGCACGGUGUGAGCUGUGCAGGAAAAGCACUGGAGUAGCAAGAGUGUCUCGCGGGUCACCUUGCUAAGGUGCGCUCUGGCAGGGAGACUGAGCUUAGAGCCACAGACCCCAGCCAGUCAGCAGCUUUGUCGACAUUAAAAAUGUGUCCUGUUUUCUUCUGGGUAAUAACUUCUGAAAAAUCCUACAGCUGGGUAUCUGUGAAGAUGUUGAUAAACCUGGAAGUAACUUGAGAUGCUGAGGAAAAUGCUCACAUCACCUAGAGCGCUCUUGAAGGGUCUUCAGUCUUCUCCUUGCCAAGAAUCACAGUUGACUUGGUUUAGAUUUCUCCCCUGAGCAAGAUAACAGAAUUUUCAGGAUCUAAGAUUCAUUUGUUUCUUAUUGAAAACAAAGAGAUGUGACAUGUUCAGGGAGACUAAGUGAACCAAACCUGAAAACCCAGGACAAAAACGUCAAAUAAGUGUCCCCUUUUAAAUAAAAGCAUUUUAUUUGGGAAUAGGAGACGCUAGCUGAAGAGAGAGCAGAGGCUCCUGGCAGUGACACGUGCCCAGUGCUGGAGUGAACUCCGGCAGUCCCAUGUCGUGCCUCAGUACCCAUCAACAUUUGGGUAGAAUAACCCUCACCUACCUCCCAGGGAUAUCAGAGACGUUACUAUUCCAAAAUAUUCUGAGUUUUUCUAAAAUGUCCUAUAUAAUUAAAAAUAGUAUUAUCUUCCUGCAGAGGCUGAAAAAUGAUUUCCUUGUAAUGAAUAUAGGAAGCGCCCUACAGUUUUUAAGUUUAAAAGAAAUCACUGGAAUUCUAAUUUAGAUACAUAUUGUUAUUUAAACAUAUUGUAUUUGUGGUGGGAUAAAAUGGUUAGUUUCAGGUUAACAAGAGAAAUGACACUAAGUUUCUUCAUUAUAAGUAGUUCUUUUGUGUUUUUUGGGUUUUUUUUAGCCUUUUAUAGUGUCAAUAAUUGUGACAUUUGCUGAGGUUGUGGGGCUCAAGUUAGAUAAAGCAUGGGUGACUGGUGUUUGGAGCUGAUAAAGGGUCGUGAACAUUCUCUCUGCCGCAUGUCACCAUCUUCCCAAGCUCAUUCCUCGGUGAGCUUUCCACUUGGGGAGAGUGAACGGGAGUCUCAUACACUAGCAAGCAGUUACUCAGGCUGUGUCCUCCGCCCGAGCUGUGGGCCUGUCCAGCGCUGUACUGAAGGGACAGGCACCGCACACAGCCGGGGACACUGUCCUCAGUGCGGGCUGGAGACAGAGGGACAGGCGCCACACACAGCCGGGGACACUGUCCUCAGUGCUGGAGAACGGCUCCCAGCUGGAGCUGGAGACGUCAGGGGGGUUGGUUUCUCCAGCUCCCAGGAGGAGGUGAAGAAAACUUGAUUGUGCUUUUCUUCCUGCAUGCUAAGUAGCAAAAUGCAUAGUUUUCCUGUGGUCGUUUCAAACAGCAGCAGCAGGAAGGAUCAGGUGCUGAGCUGGGGUUGUUGUGGGGUGUGUAGGGGUGUGUAGCACAUGUCAGGGUCAGGAGAGAGAAUGUGGGCAGUGGGAUGCGGAUCAAGUCAGCAGCUCAAUGCUUAGCAGGAAGCUCCGGGCGAGUUGGGCUGGGAUCCAGCUCCCAGAAGGGGCUAGGGCCCAGUUAAUCUCUAGAGACACAGUUUUGUUGUUUCGUUGUUUUAAAAUCACGUUUUGGUUUUCCCUUGCUUUUUCCAGAUAAGACCUUGGUGAGUAGCUUCUGAGUAUCCACUACCCACAUAAACAUAUUCUUCAUUUGCCACAUCCCCUUGUUUCCAUUCUUUGUUGUUGUUAUUUUUUUUCCAUUCUUUUGAUAACAAAUGUUUAGACUUCUACCCAAAGAAACAAGACUAAGGAUUUUGUUGAAUGUGCUUUCUCUGGGGAAAAUUAACAGAAAAAUAAAAUAGAGAUAUUUUUGUGUUCAUCUAUCCUAAAAUGUGCAUUUUUUAUUUAAAAAAAACAAAAAACAAAAAAAAAACAACUACCGAUCGUCCCACUGGUUCAAAACUGUAGUUAGUGUCAUGGAUGUCUUUGGGCUGCUGUGAUGAAAUCAUCCUGGUGUUUAGUUUAGAGUUUGAGAUUCCAUGGCACAGUGUGCAGGCUGAACAAGCUGAGCAAGUGAUCAGACCCUAAUUACCAUAGCUUUGGAUGUUUGUGUUGAAUGUGUUCCCCUUCAUUCUUCUUCCCUUUAGUGUGGGUGCUUACGUUCACCCUUUCACCCCCUGGUCGCUCCUCCUCCUGUCGUCAGCAGGCUGGAAGGCUUUUCCCUCUCCCUCUAGCAGAUGGCCUGCGGUCUGGGAGGCUGUCACUGUCCCGAAGGGGGUGCAGGCAGAGCGGAGGGUGAUCAUCAGACUGCCUGGGACGACUUGAUGCUGUUACAGUUUUCUCACCCAAAGUACUAAUUGAUUGGAAGUAGGUAUUUUUUAUCUUUAUUUAAUUUUCUUCGACUGUGAUAUUUCCACUUGUCAAUCUUUCCUGUUUCCAUUUCAGAGAGGGUUAAUCCUUAAACAUUGGGCACUUUUUCAGUCUGUCACCCCGACAGGUCAAGAGCGUGUCUUGAAAUCUCAGCAGUGGAACUGGGGCACAGGGUCCCCAGUGGUCCUCACUGGCGUCUGGAAUUGUUUUUCUCUUCUUUGACUCCGUUACAGUGUAGUGUAGUAGCUGCAGGUCGCUUCCUCUGGAUGCUUUUCAGGGUUGUUCAGAAGAAAUGCAGACCGCCGCUGGGGGCUGUUAUUUCUCUUCAUAGGUGGCCUUGCGUGGCUCCAUGCUUCCUCUGUAAUAGGUCUGUUUUGCAAAGUCCAAGUCAAUAGGCCAGUUUUAUGUUCCUCAUUUUGCUAACAGUGUAACUCUGUUUUGACUUUGACUUAUUAAACAUUUCAGAACAGAGUACUAGUGAAAGCCCUUUGUUAACCGUAGAUAACUUGGAAAUACUUCUGUUUUUGAAGUUAACAGCUCCAUCUGUCCUCAGAGCACAUGAGCCAAGACCAGCCAGGAGCCUGUAGUCUGUGACAGCCUGCAAAAUUAUCUCAGCUGUCUUGUGUUUUCUAUCCUUGAGACCAUAAACUCUCCUUUUUUGCUUAUCUCUGUUUUUGGCAGGGGUAGUGUACCCUCUGUCAGGAAAUUGGGGUUUCCUUCCUGCACCUGCAGAAACUACCAAGGAUUAUUCCCAAUUUUGGCUAGAGGGUGUAGAAGAAAAAGAAGUUGGUCUCAGUUAACAGAGGUAUUACUGUCUCAGUGGUCAGGAGGCUGUCAGUGGUCAGUGGGUAAUCACACGCACCUCCGAGACCACCCGAUAGUUACGGGUGUUUUGCUCAGUACACCGAGAGUCCCAGUCCACGGGUGACGUACUGUCAGAGAGAUCCGAACUCUGGAUUCUCCUAUGUUGAUUGCCAUGAAACUUUAUCUUCGGAAGCGAUCAAAGAUACUAAAUUGUUCUUUAACAAGAGAGUGGUGAAUGUAAGCUUUCCCUUGCUGUUUGCUUGUUGGCAUUCGUAAAAGAAGAGGAAAAUAAAUCUGUGCUGGUGAACACUUGGCCCCCUGAGUGAUGUGUCAGAGUCAGUCCAGGUAGCUCGCUCUCUCUGAUUAUAAGCAAGAAGGAGUCGUCAGGAAACCGCCGAGCUGUUUGCUGCAGCGGACUGGAAACGGUGACUCUGGGUUUUAGCCGCAGCCCUUAGCCUGCGUUUCCAUAAGGGCAGGACUCUCUCGUUAGGUAGCAGGAGGGAAAGCAGGGCUUGUCUGUGCGGUAGUGUCCGCUCUGCUGAGCAGCUCCCCUGUACACAUCUCCCUCUUCCUUGGCCACGCCCAUACUUGACAGAUGCCCCCCGUUGCAGAGCCAGUCCUGAAGCAAGGCGUCUAGAGGGUGGGCAGUCCUGUGGGUGGGGGCGCGAGUCACUGUACUGCGUCUCACUGCCUUGAAGUAGUGUAUGACUUCAUGUUUUGGGGUUGUUUUUCCUCCUUUAAAAACUGGACCUGAACACAAGCUUUGAGUUGAUAUUUGUAAUAAUCUCAGGACCUGAAAGAUUGUAGCAUUUAGUAUGUCUUAAAAAAUUAUGUACUGUACCAGCCAUGGAUUUUUGUAAAUAUACCUGUCUCCCUUUUUUGUAUUAUUUUAGUAAAAAGAUAAUAUUAAAUUUAAAUAAAAGGGGGUGGUGAUGACAGGUGAAUGGGUGUGGAUAUGUAUGUGUGUGUGUUUGCAUAAGGCUCUUUUGAGACACACUGGUGCUCGUUAAAUUUCCGGCUCAAACCAGAGCAGGAUAUGGACAAAGUGCUGCUACUGAGCCCUGCACUGAGCCUCAGCGCCUCCGUUCUGCCGUUCCCAGCGGCCGUCACGCGCUGGCUGCCAGCGGUGGCUUCGCAGUCAGCCUCUCCCACUGCCGUCUUGCUUCUGCAGGCCCCUUACGUGGGAUUGGUGUUAAGUGCCCCCGACCUCCCUACUCCGGUUCUCAGAGAGUUCUUGUUGUCCUCUCCUGAGGAAAAGAAAAAAAAAAAUUAAAAAAAGAGCAGAUGAAAUUUUUUAACCAAAAAGCUCCAUUUCAUAAAACGCUGGUGUAGUGUGGAUGCUUGAGAGAGCACACACAUUCCUAAAUAUAGAUCUGUGAAUUAGCUGAUUAGUCCCAUGGAAACCCUCCCUUCAGUGCAGGGAUUUUUAUUCAUUUUUAAAUUGUUUUGCAACAGCCUGGCUCAUGUUCCAGGUGUAGCUAGCAAACCCGUGUUUGAAGCAAGAGCCUUGUUUGAUUCGGUGUGGCUGUUUCCUGUCUGUCCUUGGUGACAGGGCCUUUUACAUGAGUGGUUUUUCUUUUUGUAUGUGUCAUGUGUUGUAUUAAAUAAAGAGGAAUGUACAUAUUACUCUUGUGU